GAAGGUCUCCUCCGGAAACACCCGUUCGUUUCAUUUCCUCAGGCUCUAGGAAGCGUCUUAGUCUUCCCCGUAGCUAUAAGAUGGGUAACAGGAAGCGGAAGUUACUUCCAGGCUACUUCCGGAAGAGACUGUCAUGGCCGCCCAGGAGGACGUAGCGGCGUUACAGGAUGAAAUUACCCGGCGCGAGGAAGAGCUGGCUUCGCUGAAGCGGAGGCUGACUGCAGCCCUGGCGUCUGCGCCGGAGCCCGAGCGUCCGGUCCCGUUGCCGCCGCUGCUGCCCAAGGCCGAGCUGUCGCGGGCCGAGAUCCUCCGCUACAGCCGGCAGCUGUUGCUGCCGGAGCUGGGCGUGCGCGGUCAGCUGCGCCUGGCGUCGGCUUCGGUGCUGGUGGUGGGCUGCGGCGGGCUGGGCUGCCCGCUGGCGCAGUACCUGGCGGCGGCCGGCGUGGGUCGCCUGGGGCUGGUGGACCACGACGUGGUGGAGACGAGCAACCUGGCGCGCCAGGUGCUGCACGACGAUGCGCGGGCCGGCCAGGCCAAGGCUCGCUCGGCGGCCGCCGCGCUGCGCCGCCUCAACCCGGCCGUGGAGUGCGUGGCGUACGCGCGCGCGCUCAGCGAGGCCUGGGCGCUCGAGCUGGUCCGCGCCUACGACGUGGUGGCCGACUGCUCGGACAACGUGCCCACGCGCUACCUGGUGAACGACGCGUGCGUGCUGGCCGGCCGGCCGCUGGUGUCGGCCAGCGCGCUGCGCUUCGAGGGCCAGCUGACUGUCUACCACUGCGACGGCGGGCCCUGCUACCGCUGCGUCUUCCCGCGGCCGCCUCCGGCCGAGACCGUGACCAACUGCGCCGACGGCGGCGUCCUCGGCGUGGUGCCCGGCGUGCUGGGCUGCGUGCAGGCGCUCGAGGUGCUCAAGAUCGCCGCCGGGCUCGGGCCGUCUUACAGCGGCAGCCUGCUGCUCUUCGACGGCCUCGGCGGCCACUUCCGCCGGAUCCGGCUGCGGCGUCGCCGGCCCGACUGCGCCGUGUGCGGGCAGCGGCCCACCGUGACCCGCCUGCAGGACUACGAGGCCUUCUGCGGCUCCUCGGCCACAGACAAGUGUCGCGUCUUGAAGCUCCUGGACCCCGAGGAACGGAUUUCCGUAACCGAUUACAAGAGGCUUCUGGAUUCCGGAGCGCCCCACGUGUUGCUGGAUGUCCGGCCUCAAGUGGAGGUGGACAUCUGUCGUCUGCCGCACGCCCUCCACAUCCCUUUGAAUAAGCUGGACCAGAGGGAUGCCGACAGCCUGAAGCUCUUAGGGGAUGCCCUCCGGGAAGGGAAGCGAAACUCGGAGGAAGGGGCUGCUCUCUCUCUGUAUGUGAUUUGCAAACUGGGGAACGACUCCCAAAAAGCCGUGAGGGUCCUGCAGACCUUAAAGGCAGUGCCAGAGCUAGACUCUUUAACUGUUCAGGAUAUUGUAGGGGGACUCAUGGCCUGGGCCGCCAAAAUUGAUGAGUCGUUUCCACAGUACUGAGGUAGCCGCGUGCAGGUCACAUGGAUGGUUGUGAUACCUCGAGGAUCUUCAGUCAUGUAGGGAAGAGCCUGGGUCCACGGCCUCUGAACAAAUAGACUCUUGCAAGGAGGUUUUUGAGAAAGCAGGCUAAAAUUGUUUGAGAGCUGCCUUGUGUCUGGGGCCCUUGUACAGUGUGCCUUCAGCAUAUAGCUUGGGAUGUGACAGGGUUUUUGUUUCCCCUCUGUUGCAGUCACAAUGCGCUCUGGACCAUCCAUUUUAUGCCUGGAAUUAGGACGCAGUUUUACUUCCUCUGAGUCUAAUUGGAUUACUCACAGAUGGUACACUUGCAUUCAGCCCACUAAGGUAUUCUUUGGAAGGCUGGAGAAGUGACUUAGCAUUGGCUGCCCUCUCCCAGAGGGGAUCACUCGUGUGCUGGCUCACAACUGUCUGUAGCUCCAGUCCCAUGAGGUCAGAUGUCUCCUUGCCUCUUCCAGCACUAGGCAGGAUCUUGGUGCACAGGCUUACUCAUAACGUUUUAAAAUAAAAAAUAAAUUAAAAAAAAGU